CUUAAACUCUUUUGGCGUCUCAUACAGAAGGAUCUGAAAAGCUUUUACUAUCUGCCAGAGGAGCUACAGGUAUCAUUCCACUUAAAAUUUUCAGAGGACUUCACACUGCGUCUAAAGCAAACUGAGGAAUCUGCAAUUUGAUCUCACCUUUCCUGAUGCCAAGCGCCAACCAAUUCACCAUGACAACCACCACCGGAGACCAAAAAGACAACCUGUUAAAAAAAACUCCCUAUCAGCGAUUGAUCAGCAAGGAUGGGCGGAGUCUGAUUAGAGGCCACGCCCCAGGAUACAGAGACAAGUGGAGGGCCGCCCUGCAGGACAUGUGGGGGACGUGGCUGGGGUUGAGGUGGCGAUGGGUGGUGCUGGCUUUUUGCAGCUCCUUUAUUCUUCACUGGUUUCUGUUCGCUGUGCUGUGGUACCUGCUGGCACGUGUCAACGGAGACCUGGACGUGCUCGACCAUGACGCCCCACCACCGGGCCACGUGCUGUGCGUCAAACACGUGACAGGAUUCACGGCAGCUUUUUCUUUUGCCCUCGAAACCCAGUUGACCAUUGGGUAUGGCACCAUGUAUCCCAACUCCGACUGCCCGAUUGCCAUAUCACUACUGGCACUGCAGAUGCUGCUGGGCCUCAUGUUGGAAACCUUCAUCACUGGUGCAUUUGUGGCGAAGUUUUCCCGGCCUCAAAAGCGCUGCGUCGGGAUCCUGUUCAGCCCGCAGGCCGUUGUGUGCGAGGUCAAAGGUCAACGUUGCUUGAUGUUCCGUGUGACCAACCUGCUUCCCGUGUCACUGGUGGACGUAUCCGUGAGCGGUAUUCUAUACGAAGAACGUGACGAUCACACGCUCCACCAAACCGCAGUGGAAUUCACCACGGACAACCUGGGGUCACGACCUUGCCCCCUAUUUGUGUCACCUCUGACCUAUUUUUACCCUUUGACCUCAUCAAGUCCCCUACACAACGUCAUUAAACCAUCCGGCACAUCACGUUUCGAGUUAGUGGUGUUCCUUUCCGCCUCUAAGGAUAGCACAGGCUGCGACUACAACAAGAGGACAUCCUACCUACCCGAUGAGAUCGAGCACGGCAGGUGCUUCGUGAAGUCGACGCCUCAGCCCGGAAAAGACCGGAACAAAAAUGCAAGAAUAGAUUAUUUUGACACACAGCCUUGCCCACUGACGCAAGAUCACGUCGAGGUGCAGAUGAACCAAGCAGGCAACGACCAACAUUAAAUAGAGAUGAAUGCAUAGUGUAUGAGUUUGUAUGAAUGGGUGUGCCGUGACUACAGAUCUUGUCCGUUGGUAAUAAGGGUAUUUCAUUUCACACCGAUAACCUCUAAUCUCUGACUAUUGGUCCUAAAUGGCAACGUCAGUUAGGUACAGUCUAUUAGGAGACCAGACCAACGUCUUUGCUGCUAUGGACACACUAUGAUUCACAUUUGCAUCUACAGCUCAGUACAGAGACACACAAACUGAAACACGCUGACUUGACAUGUUAUUUGUUCGCCAGUACUGACGGGAGCAGUCAUUGAUUUGCAUUCUCAAAAUCAUGAGAACCUCAGGCUUCAAACCAUCUUCACCCCGAAUAGGCCAGAGAAGAUCCAUGAUGUUUGAACCCUGUAUUGAAUUAUAUUUGUUCACUACUGUUAGUUCCAGGACUCCGGGACUGUGUACUUUUUUGACAUUUGGUCAAUUUUUUACCUAUUAAAGUAUUAUAGCUCUGCUAACACAGGUAACAAAUGCUAACAGGAUAGUUCCCAUUAGAAUGAAAAAAGCAGGCCAACAUCUGUUUGUUAUUAUUUAAUGGGUUUUUGACAUUCUGAGCACAAAAAAAAUAUUUGGGAACAGCUUUUCUUUACUAUACAACACAAAUACUAAUUUUUCAUUAUUCACUUGCCAGGAUUUUCAGUUUUAGGUUAACUGUGCCUUUAAAAACACUCCUAUGUGCCUAAUGACAAAACCUUGACUCUCGUCUUAUGCAUCCUAUACUCAACAGGGACAAAACAGAUUAUAUAAUGGUUAUGUAUAUAAGGUAUAUUUGAUGAUACACUGGAAAAGAAAUCUCAACAUUAUCAGUGCAAUAUGCAAUCUAUGCAACAGAAGAAAAGAAUCAGCACAACUUUAUUUGUAGCACAACACUGUAUGAUUUUCACUCUUUUAAUGAUUAUAUCGCACAUGUACUGUCAAUCAGAAAACUGGUUGUUUUCACUGUAUUGAAUAACGUAUAAAGAUAUAUGAUUCAAAAGAAAUUGUUGAAGACUCGGAGAGAAUUGUGUGGGAAUGUAGUUUUCUGCAUACUUAUCGUGAUUUCAUUCAACUGGAUGAAAAUAAAUGCCUUUAUUUUGGUGUAUGAAGCACACCGACUAUUCAAAUAAAUGAAAACUUCUA